AUGGAGCCUGACAAGCUUUGCCGCCGUUGCCAAAAGCUCGACCUUAGCCCACUCUUUUCCCAAGCACCUUCCCAUGGAGAAGUUGUCCCACUGGUCUUUGUGGGGCAAUAUGUCUCGCGGGCCUGCGCAUUGUGUCGACUUUUUGAAAUUUACUGCGCUGGCGAUGGCAUGGGAUCCGGCACCUUAAUCUCUGCCUCCUGGAGAUACGCCUCAAAUUACGGCUGGAAGGAACCCGACGAUGGCUUCGACUUCAGGAUACUCGGCAUUCUGCCUGAAGUCUCUAGCUACUCGCGUGACGAGGCGGCAUUUCACAGAGCCCUGUUUCGACUGAGAGGAUAUAUCGGAGAGCCUGUCACCAGUCCACCAUCUUGGACAGAUGGUACCAUUGGGCCACGGUCCCUCGACCCGCGUGCCAUCAACUACCCCCUCCUUCGCGCAUGGCUCAAUUAUUGCAACCAAAAACAUUGUAGAAAGACGGAUUGCCAGCCUCUGAAAGUCGACAAUCAGUGGCACUUUCGACUCAUUGACUGCAAAACUCGCCUUGUCGUUGAAGCAGCGAGCCUCGGCACGCGAUGUCCCCCCUUCUUGGCCCUCAGUUAUGUCUGGGGUAAAGCCAUACAACCACGUCAAUUAGACUACACCCAGCCGCUACAAAACCUUCCUCUCACCAUUGAAGAUAGCCUCACUGUUACCGACAAGCUGGGUUUCCGAUACUUAUGGGUAGAUCAAUAUUGCAUUCGCCAACACGACGAAGGCGACAAGCAUUCUCAGAUUCGACUCAUGGCAGAGAUUUACGGAUCAGCCCAAGCAACUAUUGUGGCCGCAGCAGGAUCUGAUCCUACGUACGGCCUACCAGGUGUGAGCAAGACUCGACGAUCGGCUCAACCACACGUCAAGCUUCGAAGCGGGUACUUAACCUGGUCUUAUGGUUCAACCAAGGACGACAUAUCAUCCUCUGCUUGGUCGACACGUGGUUGGACAUACCAAGAAGGAGUGCUCUCGUCUCGGCGGUUGGUGUUUACGGACAAGCAAGUGUAUUUCCAAUGCGGGCUCAGCUCGUUUUCGGAAGCGUUAAAUAUUCCCUUCGAUCGAGUAGGAUCGGCAUCCAACGAUGACAUGUUUCCCCGUUUCCGAACCGCACCAUAUUCACUUGAGAUUGGUGACCGGAUAUACGAAUACACUCAUCGGAAACUCGGCAACGAAGAUGAUAUUCUCAAUGCCUUCCAAGGAAUACUUGGCCAAUUCUCUAACCACAAGCCUCCCAUACACAACAUUUGGGGUAUUCCAGUCUUGUGUAGCCCGAAAAAUUGGAUCCGAUCCCCUAAGGGCUUCUUGGCUGGUCUCUGCUGGAGCCUGGGGGAGCCACCUGAUGGGGAACCACCUGCCCGCCGCCAUGGCUUCCCUUCGUGGUCGUGGGCCGGAUGGAAAGGUGUAGCCAUACUGCACCCUCACAACGAUGCAGUUCGCCCUGAUAGUUUGGUGGAGAAUGACAUUUAUGUUGCUUUUGAGAGUCUUGAUCGAACUCGCACGGAAUGGUCCGAACUAGGCCCUUCACUUCAGACUGGUGCAAGGAGUGACCAGAGCCAGCUUCGGGUUUUGGCUCUUGAUUGCCACGCUUUUCUAUUUGAAAACCAGGUAUUUGAUGUCAUUGGGUUGAAGAUGAUGGGCAUCAAAAACACGGGGAUUGAUAUAGGUGAUUUAUCGUCAGAUAUCGAUCGGGUUGUGGUCAGCGCUGACCCACCCGGCCUCAUAUAUUCCCUAGAUAAAGCCAUGAGGUGGACUGAUCAUGAAUUUCGGCAACAGCUGCUUGUUGGGAUACCGAUCAAAUUGCAAACUACUUGGGAGGAAAUGCCGCGGUUCUUUGUCCUGGUAAUGCAGCAGAAGGCAGACUCGGACUUAUACGAGCGUGUAGGACACUUUGAGUGGUCGGAUCCGCGAAAGCUGUUCGAUUUUGAGACCUUCUCAAGAAGUGUGGCGACAAGGCGGAUGGUGUUGAGGAUUGUAUAA